AUGUCGUCGAAUAACAGUGCACGCGAGGCCGUGUCGGCACAGGCUCCUGAAAUCAAGGACACGUCCCUCCAGCAGCAGCAGGUCCAAAAGAAGAAGCAGCCUUAUCCGUUCUGGCUUGGAGGUCUUGCUGCAACAAUCGCAGCAUCCAUCACACACCCCUUAGAUUUGACAAAGGUCCGCCUCCAAGCUUCGGGCGACAAGCGUAUGAUCGCCUCGUUGCAGAAAACUGUCCGCACCGCAGGCUUCCGUGGACUCUUCGACGGUAUCUCCGGAACGUGGUUGCGCCAGAUGAGUUACUCGCUUUGUCGGUUCUGGGCGUACGACGAGAGCAAGAAGAUCGUUGGGGCGGGUCCGAACGCACCGGCUUGGAAGCUCGCACUAGCUGGUAGUAUGGCGGGAGGGAUAGCCGGUUUAGUCGGGAACCCUGGUGAAAUCAUCAUGGUCCGACUCCAAGGAGAUUUCGCCAAACCGCCUGAAAAGAGGUUGAACUACAAGAAUUGUAUUGAUGGACUGUUCCGUAUGGUCCGUGAGGAAGGAGCAUCCUCUCUCGGCCGAGGUGUCGUUCCGAACGUUUUCCGUGCGGUGUUAAUGAAUGCUUCUCAACUCGCUUCAUACGAUUACUUCAAGUCCGAGUUAUUGAAGACGAAGUACUUCAAAGAUAACAUCUAUUGCCACUUCACGGCAAGUUUCGCAGCCGGUACAGUUGCAACGACUGUCUGUUCACCUGCAGACGUCAUCAAAAGCCGAAUCAUGAACGCCUCAGGCCCCGGAUCAAGUUCCACGAUGGCUGUGAUUCGGAAUUCGUUCAAGAAUGAGGGAGCGUUGUUUAUGUUUAAGGGAUGGGUGCCUGCAUGGACGCGUCUCCAACCGACGACGAUCCUCAUCUUCCUCACGCUUGAGCAGCUUAGACGCGGAGUGGACUGGUACCGUGGGGACUUAUGA